AUGGCGAUUGACAUUGCGGAUAGCCUGACGCCUGCUGGCCUUGCCGUUGCGUCUCUCUUCGGCUUGGUCGCCUGCGCUGUCUUGAGGUUGCUGCAAGUCGGUAGACGACCUGCUGGACUGCCCCCAGGUCCUCCAACUCUCCCUAUCAUCGGGAACUUGCAUCGUAUGCCGACAUUCAAGCCAUACAAGGUAUUUGCGGAAUGGGGGAAAGUGUACGGGCCGAUAUACUCGCUCAUGGUGGGCUCAAAUCCUCUCAUCAUGAUACAGUCACAAGAGAUCGCAAAGGAGCUGCUGGACAAGCGGGGUUCAAACUAUUCCACUCGCCCAGAUCUUUACAUUUUGUCCGAACUUUCGAGCCGAGGAAUGCGACAAGUUGCAAUGAAAUAUACUCCCACAUGGCGCCAAAUCGCCCGCAUCAACCACAAACUCUUGAACGCCAAGGCGGCUCUGGCCUUCACACCAUACCAGACCCUCGAGAGCCGCCAGAUGCUCGCAGAUAUCCUAGAUAAUCCCUCCGAGCACCAGAGACACAUCCAGCGGUACUCCAACAGCGUAAGCUGCCAGAUGGUCUAUGGCUUCCGCACAACGACGUGGUCCGACCCUAGAUUACAAAGUGUUGUCUCCAUAUUCAACGAAGUCUGUGACCUGGCCAUUACCAUUCCCGCCCGUCUGAUGGACUGCUACCCAAUCUUGCAAAAGUUACCAAAGUCUCUCCUGCCUGUUUGCCGGCAGGCCCUGGACCUCGAGCGCCGCUGUAUAGAGGUCUUCAUGGACCGGUGGAUGGCGGCCAAGAAGAAGACUCAGGACAAGAUUGCGACACCAUGCUUCUGCGCGGCGCUUUCCCAGGCGCAAAAGUCCGAGGGUUUCUCUGAUGAACUGGCGUCGUACAUUGCCGGCGAUCUCAUAGAGGCUGCAAGCAGCACAUUGUCCGACACGCUCUUCGGCUUUCUGAUGGCCAUGGUGACCCACCCGGAGGUACAGCGCCGCGCACAGGAGCAGUUGGACGCGGUGGUGGGUACCGAUCGCCUCCCGACGUUCGACGACAUGGCUCGGCUGCCGUACAUCCGCGGAUGUGUAAAGGAAACAUUACGAUGGAUGCCCACUACGUCGUUACUAGUACCGCACUCGCCAAUACAGGACGACGUCUACCGUGACUUCACCAUCCCUGCUGGUGCGGGUGUCGUCGUCAACGUGUGGGCGCUGAAUAUGGACCCGGAGAGAUGGCCGGACCCUCAGGUCUUUGAUCCCUCAAGGUUCGAAAAGGAGGACAGGUCAGAGUAUGAAAUUGCGAAAACCUACGACCCGGACACACUGAGACAUAAUUAUGUCUUUGGCGCUGGCAGACGGCUCUGCCAGGGCAUUCAUUCCGCGGAGCGGAGUUUGUUCUUAUCUAUGGCGUGCCUGCUCUGGGCCUUUGACUUUUCUACGCCUGACCCGAGCAAGAUCGACACGGAGGACCUCAGAGGUGGACUGGCGGUGCAGCCUGCCCCAUUCGAAUGCCACAUCAAGCCCAGAGACGAGCGCAGGGCGGCGAUGGUGAGGAAGGAAUGGUCCGCUAUGCAGGAUGAUUUCUUGGACCCUGUCACUAAGCAGUGGAAAUCUGUCCCCGAUGGCAUGCCUUUGAGUACGUAUUCAAUGGAUCAGGUAUAG